GGCGGCCACCGCUGGCAUAUGCCGCUGAAUACUCGCCGGUGUGAGCGCAAAUCGUUUGAAGGGCACGCGAUUGCAUGCAUAGUGGAGGAGCUAAUGGAUAAGCACUGCAUCGAAUCCGCCUUUGCUGCGCACGCAUUUCUAGUUCACUCGCUGCCACCACUGCUGACAUGCCGACACUACACUCACACAUCACCACACUCACAUUUCCAGUGGCCUGAUUACAUACGGGGAUCAUCCAGAGCAUAUCUCGUGGCAGGCGAUUGUGAGGCGGGCUAAUGCCUGUGCCAAUGGUGGCAUGGGAUUUCACAUGGCAUGUGUGCUGGGUCGUUUUAUCCCUCUCGGCCGCCGGCAUAGCAGAAUUUGGCAAAACAUCUGUGCUGGCCAAACAGGGAAUACCGGGGGCGGCCGUUGGGUUGCUAGCAGCAGACACGCCCUAGUGCUUUCUGCACACCGACGGCAGCGAUUCGCCGCUAUGUAUUCCUGGCUGACAUUGCCUCAUUGUCUCUGUUUUGAGUUGUCUUCGAAAGUUGUCUCGAAGGAGGUGGUGGCGAAGGGGAUGGGAAGGGAGGCUGAAGGCACGGAGUGCACUAUACAUCUGCAAGCACAAACUGCAGCCUGUCUUGCUGGCCAGGUCAGACACCAGGUCGCAGAGCACACGGCAGAUCUACCCGACAGCAGCUGCCAGAGAUCACCCUGGCUCCAGUAUCCGAAUAUCACUAGUGUUGCCGCGUCUUUAAUGCCCCAUUGUUGCUCAGUGGAAUUAAAUCCUAACCGUCCUAUAAAAAGAACACACCCUGGAAACGCAUGUGCAGCUCUGGGGUUCUACAAGAAAGGACCGCUGCUGCAAGAGCAGAAUGCAGGCCAAUCCAUGCCAAUAGCAAUUCGUGAAGGCAGCUUUUGUCAUUUCAUUCUUCUCGCUGUGCAAACCACUGGUAGUGCGCUCAAACAUGGCUGAUAAUGCAAGCGCGGUUUGGUUCGUUCCUUGAUGUGGACCUCUUGUUUGGCCAGGCCAAGGUAGCACUGAGGACCUGGCACCGAGUGUGAUUUCCGAAGAAAACAAGCCAUGCAUAAUUCUGGCAAACUGUCCGUGAAAUUACUAUAAAU